UUCAGCAGAGAGAAAUAGAGAAAGCAGUGUGUGUGCAUGUGUGUGUGAGAGAGAGAGGGAGAAGAGCGAGAGGGAGAGAGAGAAGUGGAGAGAGAAAGGGAGGGAAGCGGAGGGCCAAGUGUAAGGGACUGAGCCCCAAAGAGGCGAGACGGGAAGAGGCUUGCGGAGGAAGGAGUAAGGCAUUCCGGCGUAGGCUGCGGUGAAUCGGCUUCUAUUUUCUUUUCCUUUUGAUUUUUUCUUUUUUUAAGAGAAGCCGGGGACAGAAGCCAUGGCCGAGGGAGAAGACAAGCUGAGAUGCUGAUGACCGUGGGUCCAAGUGGAUUAUCGGGGCUGCUCUCCAGAGGCCUGUCCUCCCUGCCUGCCAGUUGCACAUAAUUCCACAUCCCAGCCAAUGAAGAGGAGAGGCAGCGUGAACAAAGUCAUUUAGAAAGCCCCCGAGGAAGUGUAAACAAAAGGGAAAGCAUGAAUGGCGUGUCCGAGAGACAAGUGUGUCCUGCACUACCCCCACAUCUAGCUGGCCAGCCGCUGCCCAGCCUUGCUCCCCACAUAUUCACUGGUGAUUUUUUUUAAAGCAAUCUCUCUCUCUCUUUUUUUUUUUUCCUUUUCUUUUGCAUUCUCUUAUUCUCCUUCAGGACAAGGCAAAGUUUGUGAUUUGGGGGACCCAGCCAUGGCCUUUCUGCAUCUUCUUUAAAAUACCCACUUUCUCCUCAUUGCCAAGCAGCGUUUGGCAAUAUCAGAUAUCGGCUCUAUUUAUUUUUACCUAAGGAAAAACUCCAGCUCUCUUCCCACUCCCAGCUGCCUUGCCACCCCUCCCAGCCCUCUGCUUGCCCUCCACCUGGCCUGCUGGGAGUCAGAGCCCAGCAGAACCUGUUUAGACACAUGGACAAGAAUCCCAGCGCUACGCGGCACACAGUCCGCUUCUUCGGCCCGGGGUUGCCAGCGCUUCCUGGAAGUCUUGAAGUUCUCGCAGUGCAGUGAGUUCAUGCACCCUCUUGCCAAGCCUCAGUCUUUGGGAUCUGGGGAGGCCGCCUGGUUUUCCUCCCUCUUUCUGCUGGGGUCUCCUCCUCGCCAGGCCCUGCCGCCCCCCUGGCCUCUCUCCCAGGCUCGCACAUGAAGAUGCACUUGCAAAGGGCUCUGGUGGUCCUGGCCCUACUGAACUUGGCCACAGUCAGCCUCUCUCUGUCCACUUGCACCACCUUGGACUUCGGCCACAUCAAGAAGAAGAGGGUGGAAGCCAUUAGGGGACAGAUCUUGAGCAAGCUCAGGCUCACCAGCCCCCCUGAGCCAUCGGUGAUGAGCCACGUCCCCUAUCAGGUCCUGGCACUUUACAACAGCACUCGGGAAUUGCUGGAAGAGAUGCACGGGGAGAAGGAGGAAGGCUGCACUCAGGAAAACACUGAGUCGGAAUACUAUGCCAAAGAGAUCCAUAAAUUCGACAUGAUCCAGGGGCUGGCGGAGCACAAUGAGCUGGCCGUCUGCCCCAAAGGAAUUACCUCCAAGGUUUUCCGCUUCAAUGUGUCUUCAGUGGAGAAAAAUGGAACCAAUCUGUUCCGGGCAGAGUUUCGGGUGUUGAGGGUGCCCAACCCCAGCUCCAAGCGCACGGAGCAGAGGAUUGAGCUCUUCCAGAUACUUCGACCUGAUGAGCACAUUGCUAAGCAGCGCUAUAUCGGCGGCAAGAAUCUGCCCACUCGGGGCACUGCUGAGUGGCUGUCUUUUGAUGUCACUGACACUGUGCGUGAGUGGCUGUUGCGAAGAGAAUCCAACUUGGGUCUGGAAAUCAGCAUUCACUGCCCCUGUCACACCUUUCAGCCCAAUGGAGACAUCCUGGAAAAUGUUCACGAGGUGAUGGAAAUCAAAUUCAAAGGGGUGGACAAUGAGGAUGACCAUGGCCGUGGAGACCUGGGGCGCCUCAAGAAGCAGAAGGAUCACCACAACCCUCACCUGAUCCUCAUGAUGAUCCCCCCACACCGACUCGACAACCCUGGCCAGGGGGGACAGAGGAAGAAGCGGGCCUUGGACACUAACUACUGCUUCCGCAACUUGGAGGAGAACUGCUGUGUGCGGCCCCUCUACAUUGACUUUCGACAGGAUCUGGGCUGGAAAUGGGUUCAUGAACCUAAGGGCUACUAUGCUAACUUCUGCUCAGGCCCUUGCCCAUACCUCCGUAGUGCAGACACAACACAUAGCACGGUGCUGGGACUGUACAACACUCUGAAUCCAGAAGCUUCAGCCUCACCAUGCUGUGUGCCCCAGGACCUGGAGCCCCUAACCAUCCUGUACUAUGUCGGGAGGACCCCCAAGGUGGAGCAGCUGUCCAACAUGGUGGUGAAGUCCUGCAAGUGCAGCUGAGGUUCGCCUGUGACAGAGGAGGGAGAACUGCCACCGCUGACAGCUGCUGCUUGGGAAACCAAAGCGAAGGACCUCACCCAGAGGCCUGGAGCCUACAACCCCUGGCUCCCAGUGAACAGCUGAGAAGGAAGCUUCCUUCUGGAACAUUUCUUUCUUGCUAGCUCUGAGAAUCACUGUGGUAAAGAAAGUGUAGGUUGGUUAGGGGAAGGUGAACUCUCCAGAACAUGGACUUUCUGUGGUGCAAACAAGAGGUGGUGGGGUAGAGGAAGAGGGAUGGUGAGCUGACAUAAGUGUAUGGCAAUGGGAUUUGGGCUACCCUAGGGAAGAGGGAGGGCAGAGCCUGGCCAGGUCAGGGCCAUACUGGAAGCCACUUCAGAUUUGAGGUCAGCCUUGCUCACUGUGGUACCACAACUGCUCCAGGAAAUUGGGAUGUCGUUAUCAGAGGCAAGCAUUUUUCUUCAAACAGGUUACCAAGACAAGUCCCGGAAUCAUUAUCUUGCACUAUCUGGGAUUAAGGACAAAUCUGUUCUUUUUUUUUUCAAACUGCCCUCCCUACAUCAAUCAGCAUCAUGGGUGAUUACAGAUGAUGUUAUUAGUUUCUGGGCCAGCAACUAUAUUGGGUCCUUUGGAGAUGCUCAACUCAAAUGCAAAAGGUAGGAAUUCGACUUCUCAUGUAUGCCCUCUGGGCCCCUCCUCCUGCCUUCUUCCUUGGUCUUAUUUCCCCUUGGAUAUUUGACUAGACACUUUCCUGGUCAGGGUGCACUCUUUGGAUUCUGGGCCCAUGCAGCCUGGGGCAUCAGGGAUCACUUUCUCCCAGCCUUUGAACCCCUGUGCUCCCUUAGUGUUCCUGGAAGCAGGUGCUGCGACAUCUGGGGAGGCUGCAUGUGUACCACACGAUGACUUGGCCCCAGAGGCACAGACUGAGGUAUCAAGACAAGUACAAAUAUUACUCUCAAAAUCUUUGUAUAAAUAAAUAUUUUUGGGGAUUUGUGAAACAUGGAUGAUUUCAUCUUCUGGAAGAUGGUUCCUAGAACAGUAAAAGCCUCAUUCUAAGGCAUAUACCUGACCAUAAAUAUCUUCAUUACC